AUGUCUGGACUUCCAAAGUUACCCGGUUUGAGUUUCAGAGAUCCUUCGAUUCAACGUUUCCAUUUAUGUCAAACAUUCGAUAUUAUAAAUGGAUACAGACAUCCAAAGAUGCAUUUUACCGGUCACGGGAACAGCGAGCUCGAUAUAAAUUCCGUGGCUUACGUAUCGAAAUUGGAACCCCUGCACUACGAUCCAUCGCUGACCUACGGAAGAACCAGAGCGAAAGCUCCCCCGCUUUAUCUACCCCAUUACGCGCUCUACGAUCAGAAAUGUUUAACGUUCAAAGCGUUCUUCAAGCAGUCGGUGUUUGAGUCUCCGGCGGAGUAUUUCAGGGUGCGACAUGUGAAUAUAAUUUAUUUCUUGGAAGAUGAUUCCAUGACGGUGAUGGAGCCGAAGACUGCGAACAGCGGUUUCGAUCAAGGGCGAUUGGUGAAGAGAGGAAAGAUUCCGAAAACGGAUCACGGAGAAGUUUGGCAUUGGAAGGAUCUGAACGUCGGUAUAGAUAUAUGCAUAUACGGCAUAGUUUACCAUACCGUCGAUUGCGAUAAAUACACAAAGGAAUUUAUGAGGAGCCAAGGAGUUAUCGUUGGUGAAACUGAAGCGCUGCCACCGGAUCCUUACACUCAAGACAGAAAGUUCAAAACACAAAUCCAUUGCACCACAACUCCUCCGGCCGACGAUAAAUUCCGGCGCUUCCUGGAAUACGACGGAAAAAUCUUAAAAUUCGAUGCAAUGUGGGAUGAUAGAGAUAGUGAGUACGGAGAGAUUCGUCCUUACGAAAUCCUUUAUUUCUUGGCCGAUGACACUGUAGCUGUUAAAGAAGUAAUGCAGAAUAACGAAGGACGUGAUCCUUUCCCGCAAUUACUCAGGAAAACUAAAUUGCCCAAAAUUUGGACUGAACGGCCAGUAAAUUAUCCAUCAAUUUACUUGGAAAGGUCUGAUGCGGAAGUGAAUGAAUAUUACCAGCCUAAAGAUUUUCGUGUGGGAGAAACGAUUUUCGUCCUGGGUCGAAGAAUGUUCUUAUAUGAUUGCGACAAGUUUACUAGGAAUUACUACCAGAAGGUUUUGCGCUACGAACAGCAGCCGGCUAUCGACAUGAAACCGAAGGAAAAACCGAAGAUUAAACCGCCAAUGCCGCCACACGAUGGCUUCGGAAGUUUAGAAGAUUCUAUGCAGAAUACGUACAUGAUGAUUCCGAAGCCGCCCAGGAAGGAUGUUAUCAAGCAGGUCACCAAUGCCAACAAGUUCUUGAGGUACGAGAUGAAGUUUGAUGCUGUCCAUCCUGAAGACACUAUUAGGAGGUUCGUGAUGAAGUACAAUUUAGGCGAUGGUACCGUCAACAUAUACGAGAUUAUAAUUGAGAAUUCCGGAGUUAUUGGUGGGAAAUAUCUUCGUAAUACUAUGUUAACUAAACCGGGUGGAGAUCCUUUGGAUCCUGAUUACUACUCACCUGCUGAUUUCUACAUUGGUGGUGUGAUUACCGUUUAUGAGCAAAGAUUUAUAAUAAUUGGAGCUGAUUUAUAUGUGUAUCGGUACAUGCAAGAAAAUCCAGAUAAAUUCCCAUGCGAGAUAAUCGAGAACAUGCGUAAUUACAUGUUCAUCCAGGGUCAUCUUAAGGAUGAUCUUUUGGAUGAAGAGCAGGAGUACGAUGAAGCUGUGAAGAAGGCCGAACGAGAUGCUAUCGGUCGUGAUUUGGAGAAGAACGCGACCGAGAUGGAGAAGUGUUUGGAACAAAUGCACGUCGGAGGCGCUGAAUUUGAUCCAAGUUCUGAUGAUAGGAAGAGAGCUCAGAUCUUGAUGGAAUACGAAAAGAGCAUGGAACAUAAAGAAAAGGUUCCUCCGUACGGUAUUAAACCUCUAAAUAAGGAUUGCGCUUAUCCGUUAGUCAUUGGAGAUGUAAAAUCCAUCGAAUGCACGGAUAUGGGAGAUCAAUCCUUGUUUACACCAAAGCAUAUUGAUACACCCGAAGAAGCGUUGCAGAAACAUUACGAUGCCAUCCUGCAGAAACACAAAGACGUGUGCGAGACCGGGGAUGCUCCGCCUUGCGAUAUACCACCUCCGAUCGGUAUAGAUAUCAGGAGAAAAGUGGAUUCUGCGGUGUCGGCGGCAUCUCCUCUGAUGGUCCAGCCGGUGGAGCUUCCGAAAGGGGCUUGUAGGAUAAAAUCUGUGAGAUUCGCAGAAGGUCCUGAAAGGUGCGUGAGAGAUCGCAUGGAUUUGUGCGACAUGAGAACGGACAAGAUCCCCUGCGAUUGCACCGAUUAUUAUCAAAAAUGCUAA